UUUUAUCUGCUGCUGUGACAUCUGAGAGGCAGUGACCGGUCUCCCUGCGUGGCCUUGGAUCCUGCACCCAGCCCCUUCACCUCCCUGUAGCCAAUGACCCACAUGAACCCAAUGAAACAAUCGCUCCCACCCACCCCGCAUGGUGAUGGUUCAUAUGCCUACGAGUCAGUUCCUUGGCAACAGAAUACCAAUCAGCCUGCAGGAUCUCUCUCGGUGGUAACCACUGUUUGGGGCGUCAGCAACACAUCCCAAAGCCAGGUUUUUGGAAACCCCAUGGGUCCUGGAGGAAACACGGCUGGCAAUCCCAUGAUGCCCAGCGUGGCCAGCAGUGGCUCUGGCAUGAACUCACCACAAUUUAUGGGACAGCAGCCUUUCCCUGAGGGUUCCACAGGCAAAGGUUACGUGCAACCUGGGAUGUACAGUCGCAAUUCGUACCCUGGAGGGCCAGGCUUCACCACAAGUUAUGCAGGGAGCCCAAACGGCCCAGGGGGAAUGGGCAUUCCUUCUCAUACUGGGAGACCCCCGUCAGACUUCACCCAAGCAGCCGCUGCAGCCGCUGUAGCAGCUGCGGCCGCCACAGCCACGGCCACGGCUACAGCCACAGUUGCCGCCUUGCAAGAAAAGCAGAGCCAGGAGCUGAGUCAGUACGGAGCGAUGAGUGCUGGGCAGCCUUUCAACAAUCAAUUCCUCCCUCAUUCGGGGCCUCGAGGACCAACCGGGAUGAAUCCAGCCAACAUGUUGAACGCCUCCGGGAUGUCACCCAUGAACAUAAACACAGCGAGGAGUCCCGCAAUGAGCGCCCUGUACGCUGGGCAGAGGAUGCCCCAGCAUGGCUACCCUACCCCACCACAAGGCCAGCAGAUACCCCGGCAAAGUGUCAAGAGGACUUACUCCAACGAGGGUUAUCCAGGACAACAGUAUAUACAAGGUGGCCAGUAUCCCUCUCAAGCCGGACAGUAUGCCACGAAUGUGCCUCAACCAUCUGCUCCAUCCCCCUCCUAUCCUGGUCACCGGUUGCCACUGCAACAGGGAAUGAGCCAUUAUCUCUCUGCCUCCAGUACUAGCGGCCCAUACUAUAAGCCUACUGAUCAGUUCAAUGGUCAAAAUGCCAAUUUUAAUGGUGGAAACUUCAAUACCUAUGGACAAGCUACUAUGAAUGGGCCGGGAAGAUCUAUGCCUGGUUAUCCAAGCUCUCCUUUACCUGGUAACCCCACACCUCCGAUGACCCCUGGAAGUAAUAUCCCUCCCUACAUGUCCCCAGGACAGGAUGUGAAGUCACCAUUCCUUCCAGACAUCAAACCUAAUAUGAAUUCUCUGCAUCCUUCUCCAUCUCCCAACAUGGGUUCUUUGCAUCCUUCUCCAUCUGGAAACCCUUGCGAUGAGUUGCGUUUGACCUUCCCUGUAAGGGAUGGUGUCGUGUUGGAGCCUUUCCGCCUCCAGCACAACUUGGCGGUCAGCAACCACGUCUUCCAGCUCCGGGACUCUGUUUACAAGACCCUGAUGCUCAGGCCUGACUUAGAGCUGCAGUUUAAAUGCUACCAUCACGAGGACCGACAAAUGAACACCAACUGGCCAGCCUCAGUCCAGGUCAGCGUGAAUGCCACCCCUCUGACCAUCGAGCGGGGAGACAACAAGACUUCACACAAACCCCUCUACCUGAAGCAGGUCUGCCAGCCCGGCAGGAACACCAUCCAGAUCACAGUCACGGCUUGCUGCUGUUCCCACCUUUUUGUCCUGCAAUUGGUGCACAGGCCUUCGGUCUUACUUUUCGGAGAAUCCAGCUUCCCGCCAGGGGUCACGACUGCCGGCACAUACAGUGCUUCGACUUGGAAUCCUAUCUGCAGCUAAAUUGUGAAAGGGGAACGUGGAGAUGUCCUGUUUGCAAUAAAACAGCCUUGUUGGAAGGGCUUGAAGUGGACCAGUACAUGUUGGGAAUCCUGAUUUACAUUCAAAAAUUCAACCUUUUCUGGAACUUACUCAGAUUCAUUCCCCACUGUGAACCCCGGCACCCCGACGUUAAAUGAAUUCAACCCUGGGCCUCCUCCCAUCUCCUACCAAUCUGACAUUCCGGGCAGCCUGCUGACCCCCGAAAAGCCAACUGGACAGAUGCCUCCAUCAAACAGGAUGGAUCCUUCUUCACACAAUCCCAUGCAACAGGGCCUAAAUAACCCCAACCUCGGCAAUCAGCCAGGCCAGCAGCAGCAGCAGCAGCAGCAGCAACAACAGCAGCAGCAACAGCAGCANAUUCUGGGAACAGACCCACAUCCGACAGUCAAGGCAGAAAAACAAGAGUUGGAUUUAAAUAUUGUUUAUAUUGGUGCUGAAGGUUCAGUCCCAGAAUUACUGGUCUCCAUUAAGCUUCUUCCUGAGCUGACAAAUCCAGAUGAGCUGCUGUCCUACCUGGGCCCCCCCGACCUUCCCAAUAAUAGCAACGAUGAUCUGCUCUCUUUGUUUGAGAACAAUUGA